AAAUGGUUGAUGAUUUGUACUUCCGGUUGAAAAUGCACUAUUUUUAGAGAAACAUGGACAGAUUAUUCGAUAUUAGCAGAUUUCCAGAUCCUGGAUCAGUUGUUUUGACGAUUUUUUAUUUCCCAUUUGGACUUGUUCUAGUUAUUAUUAGAUUAUUCAUAGCACUUCAUGGUUUGUUGGUGUCAUGUAUAUUGCCAAAGUCAGCUGCUACCAGCUUCAUUUUGAAAUCAAUUUUUGCUGUUGUUGGAAUACACAUUAUGGUACAAGAAGACAAAAGAGAUGAAAAGAAAAAAGCAAAAAUACUUGUAGCAAAUUAUAUUUCACAUUUGGAUCACAUGAUCAUUGAUUUCAUACAGCCUUGCCAUGCACCAGAUUAUCAAGGACUGUCAGGGUUUGAACAGUGGAUAUUUGCAUAUAAAAACUUUGGUAUUUCAAAAGGCACAGACACCUUUGAAAAAAAUAUUAAAGAAUAUGUUACAGAUGACAGCAAUAAAUUUCCAGUCCUUCUCUGGCCAGAGAAAACAACUACAAAUGGCAGAAAAGGUUUAUUAAAAUUUGACAAAUUUCCAUUUAGUUGUAGCAGUAUUAUUCAACCAAUGACAAUACAAGCGACUAGAUGGCCACUGGAUGUCAAAGUGACAACAUUGACCAGCAAUAGGUGGACAGAUUUUUUCUGGAGCAUGUUUUUUCCAUACACAAUUUUUAAAAUUAAAAUUUUACCAGCAAUGGAGAAAUCUGCAGAUGAGUCUGUUGAGGAGUUUGCUGACAGAGUACGGGAAAAACUAUCCUCAACUUUAAACGUUAGAAUGACAGAUUAUACUUUUGAAGAUAAAGAAAAAUAUAUUAAACAAUUAGACAGUGAGAGUAAACAAAAAAAAGCUUCUAGUAACAAAAGAACUAAGCCUAAUCCUGCAGAAUUAGCAGAGGUGUCCAAAAUGGCACAACAAGUCAAAGAAGUAUUACCUGAUACACCUUUAUCUGUAAUAGAGAAAGAUCUAUUGAAAACAAAAGAUAUUGAUAGAACCAUAUCUAACAUAUUAGAAGGUAAAAUAGUAAUACCUCGUAAUGCUUCUGAUAGCAGCAUUCUGACAGUACCCUCCAGUAUUCCUGAAGUAUCACAAGAAAUCAGAGAUAAAGUCAACACACAAGUAUCUCCAGCACAACAGAAAUACAGUGCCCAUUAUUUCCCUAAAUCUUCUAGUGAUAGACAUCAGUCAUUUGAGGAGAGAAAGAAAAUUAUGAUAGAAACUGCUAGACAGAGAUACAUAGAAAAACAUGGACUACACUGACAUAUCUUUAUUACUUUUGUUUUAUUAUCAUCAUUCAUGAGAAGAGUUGCCAUUGACAUAUUGGCUGAUAUUUAUGCAAUUGAUGUAUAGACAAAAUAUUCUGUAGAAUGUUUUAGAAAAUUCAGUGAAAUGGGAAAGUAAUUAUCAUAUAGUGAAUCAUUACAGACAAUAUGGUUUUCAUGUGACAAUUGACUGUGUAUGGACUAUGUGUAAAACAUUUUACACACUGUGUUAACAUCAAUCUUAUAUUUUGACAUCAUUCAGAGAUGUUCAAUUGUUUUUAUUUGUUGAACCUAUAUUAUUGUUUUUCUUCUGUUCCAAUAAUAUACAUGUGUUGAAAUUCCUUAGGAUUAUAGAAAAGUUUAUUGAAAGAGAAGAAUAAUUUAUCAUUACAGAAAAUAUUGGUUUUAUAUUUUUCAGUUAAUCUAUAAUGUGAAAAUAAUUUAAUCAUAUGAUUGUUGUUUAUCAAAUUCAGUUUAAAGGCCCUAUAUCAAAAAUGCUUUAAGUGUCCCUCAUUGGUUUGUUUUUCAAACUUUAUUAAUGACCCAUACAAUUUUACCCUUGCCCUUUAUUCUAUCAUUCAAAGGUGUAACAACUGUCUGCCCUUCUUUGUUGUUUACAGCUAUCAGACUUGCCAACUAUCCCAAUUUAUGGGGGAUAUGUCCAAUGGGAGGGGUUGGCCUGACUAUUUAAAUCCUCUAUUAUGUGAACUUUAUACAAAUAGUUAUUCAAAUGAGUUUAAUGGCAUUUAAGUACAUAUAUCUAUACUACUGAAAUAACGAGGUCCAAUUUGUUAGUCGGCAUAACGCAAAAACGACGAAUCAAUCAAUUCAACUUUAGAUAUAACUAAUAUAGUACAAUGGUGUUGAUUAAUAAAAAUGACACCAUCCCAGGCCCUUUUGUUUUCCACAUAAUCAAUAUUACCAAUAAUUAACAAGUUCUUAGUCGAAUCCGAUACCGAUACCAAUAGUAUAUGUCACAUGUAGUUUCCAGUUGUAGUUCUUCUUUAUCCUUCCCUCCACUAUCUGGAGUACCACUUCUAUAUUGUAGUGAGAAAACCAGGACGGGUUCAAACAGAAAGAUUUUGAAAGCAGAGAAAACUGUGCACCUUAAAAUAAGCAUGACUUUAUCAGAUGACAAUGGGAAUACUAAAAAUCCAGGCUAAAAAUAAAGCACAGGUACUUUAAUUCAGUCACAGACCCGCGAUGUCACGGGUGUGUUCUAGUACUCCUAAAAAAUUAUAGUAUAUCUUAUUGAAUAUACUUUAGACAUGUAUACAAAAUGCACUAGGUCCUCUUAUGCUUAAAAUCCCCCAUGGAGAUUUUGAAAAGUUGGCAGGUAUGAGCUAUUGAUCUGGUAUGUAUAAUAAUCAUUCUUAAAUCUAGUUUACAUGUUGAAUUGAUUUCUUUUGACAGCACUGCUGCUCUUGUACUUAAUUAUAAUCUUCAAUUUGUGUACAUUUGUUUUGUCAUGCCUGCAUAUAUUGACUUUUGACUUUUAAUAAAUGUAAUUGGUAAUGAAGAAAUGCAAAUUGAGCUUACCUUUAUGUUAAUUGGUUUUGGUUGUGCUUCUUUUAUAGAACAGUGGCCUUUCAAGUUUCAAAGUUUCAUUAAAAACAAGUGAAGCAAAGUGAGAUACAAGUGUUUUUUCUGUCAUCAUUAUGAACAUGUAAUUUUCAAUUUGCUGAUUUUAUCCAUUUCUCCAUAGGUACUUAUGAUACUAAGUUUGUGGAUUUUGUUUAUAGUUGUAUUAGCAUACUUACAUCUGAAUUAAAUACAGUAUAUGAAGCCCUGUGCAGCCAGUUAUACUAGCAACCUUGAAAUUUUAUUAUUGUUGAAAUGUUAAUAUUUUAGAUAAGUUUUAUGAUAUGCUAUUUAUUUUAUAGAAUAAAGUAGUUUGCAUUCUAUUAUAUUAUUAUCUGAAUAUCUAAUUUUCAAAAAGAUUGUGAGGCCUUAGUCUUAAGGCAUUCUGGAAGAAACCUGAAACUGAUUUCUCUUCAGAAUUUUUGCAUGUACUUUGUAUAUCCACUACCAUAUACUUACAGUAUUAUGAGAGUCCAAAUUCUGCUGUUGAUUUUAAUAAAAAUCAGGCAGCUUAGUUAUUUUUUUAAAGCUUUUUUGUUUGUUUUACAGGCAAUGCACAACAAUGCACUUUGAAUCUAUUCAUAUCUUGUUCUGUUUGUUUUCAUUUUGAUUCACUAAUCAGAAUACAUAUAUUGAUAGCAUUGUAAGAGUUCUUUAUUUGUAGCAAUCAAGAAUAACUUUACAUUGAGGAGAAAUUUAACUUCAGAUUUGAUAACAAUUUGAAAAUUUCAAAUUAUUUUUGUCCUUUUAACCAGACAUUUUUUUACUUUUUGUUUAAUCAUAUAUAACAUUUUAUGAUGCUUUCAAUAUAACUUAUUUUCUAUUCAUUUGUAACAGCACACUGUUUUAGAUGGGUCAUAAAAAUCAUGUUAUUUUAUUUAACAAAUUACAAUGUAUCUACCUCACAGUAUUAAAUUCAUCACAGAAGAUUAGAUAUUGUUUAGGACAUGUAAUGUAAAGGAAAAGACAGAUGCACUUUGUUGUAUAAAGCAUACACCCACUCUUAAUUCAAAGUAUAUGGAAAACAUUAAAAGGCGUCUGACAGAUCUGAAAAGAGCUCAGACAUAACUACUCAUCACUGUUGAGCUGCUGACCAAAUAUGAAAUUAUUCUGUUCAAUAGUUAUUGGAGAAAGGUGUGAAGAAAUAGAUUGAAGUUCAUCCACCAUAUUGAAAAAUUUAAAGUAUUGGCAAACAGGAAGUAUAAGUGUCUCACAUAUCUGAAAAAAAAGCUCACACAUUACAACUCAUCAUUGUCAGACUGCUGACCAAAUAUGAAGUCAUCUUGGUCAAUAGUACCUGUCAAAAGUAUGACAAAAAUAUUUGUUGGACAAAUUGAUGAAAUAAUGGACAGAUAAGAUGAAAACAAUAUUGGUAUAAAAUGACCUGUUGUCCAUACUUUGCAAUUUUUUUCUGAACUUCAUCAAAUACUUUCCUUAUUUGAAACUACUGGUAAUUUGAACCAAAUAAUGUAAUUUUGCAUCAUGGGAUAAGUGAAUAUUUUGUAUGAAGAUGCUGAGACUGACCAAUACAAAUAUGAGCAUGUCAUUUUAAGUUAAACUAAUGAUUGAUUUCUGAAUUGAUAUUUGCCUUUCAUGGCGAUAUACUAAAAUGAUGAUAACACUCUUGAAUUACGCACUGGAGUUGCUCUUAGUUGCAGAAGUCGGAUCUGAAUUUUGGAACAUACUGCCAUUUCUUGUCUUGAUUUCUAAAUCAUUAAAAAUAGCUACUGGUAUAUAAAUAAAAUUUAAUGUAAUGUUCAUUUGCUCCCAGUAUAUAAAUUAAUAUUAAUGGAGUUGUUUGUAUGUUGAAGGUUGAUUUUUAAUUCAGAUAACCUAAAUAAAAGGGAUAUUUAAUCGGGCUAAGUAAGAUUAAAGAAUCCAUUAGCCUUUCCUCAUCAUUUCAGAAAAAGCAUAACUAGUUGAGGCUGCCCUAGUUCUGCGAGUUUUAAACAAACCAGCAUCAAUACAGUUUUCAUCCAUCUAGUAAAUGGAUAGGUGACUGGUCUCAAUGGUUAAGAAAAAAUAAUAUAUUAUUUAUUGUAUGCAUUGCAUUUCAUUGAUGGACAGCAAUGUUGAUGACAGCUUUCAAUCAUCUGGUUUUACAAAGGCAACAUCUCACAUGAUAACAAUAUUGUAUAUAAUUUUUACAUCUUUUGUCAACAAAAUUAUUCUGUAUGUAUGAAUUUGUUAUUGACGGCUUCUUUGGUGCUCUAUUGUAAUACAUCUUGAUGCAUAUAGCUUAAAAUAACAUCAGCAUGUUUUUCAUUUGCGCUUCAAAUUUUAAUUUAUUGAAAAAAAGUAUCUUGUAUAUGAUCAUGUUAUUUCUAUAAUUGCUCUAAAGAUAAAUUAUGGCAUUCAUUCAGUGUUCUCCCCAGGGCCUUUUAGUAUCAUGGUAAUGUGAUGCUAUAAUCUUAAAUGUGAUGCUAUCUGAAGUGGUUUUCUUAUAGAUUAUGUUAUGGAUGUGAUACUAUAAUUUUUAUAAACAAGAUGGUAUUUCAAUUUCCCCUGUUUACCAGGAUGCUAAAUGAAAUAUCUGGGGAGAACACUGUCAUUAUAAUUUUGUUUGCAUUUUAAAUAUUAGAUAUCAUAAUGUUAUAUUUCAUGUGCUUUACUGAAUGCAAAUACAUUAAGUUUUUGGUGAAGUAAAUCAAAUAAAAACGUGUAUGCCACUUCAUUGUAGAUGAUACUUGGUUAUUAUAUGGAUAUCCUGAAUUUGAAUUUUGGAGGUCUUGAAAUAUUUCAGUAGCUCCCUAAAUAAUAUAUUUUUCACCAAAUCCACACCUCACAGACAUCUUUAUGGUGUGCAAUUAAAUUUGUUAAAAACUAUCAAUACAAGUAUUUUCAAUGUAAGUGAAACGAAGAUUAGGAGGUAUGAAUUCUUUAAUAUACAUCCCUCUAAUUUCCACUGUAUAUCAACCUGUCAUACUCCUGAAAUAUAAAGAUGUUAGAAAAGGGAAAAUAUUAAAUUCCCAAAAUUCACUUCAAAAGAUGAGUAAAAAAUGUUUGAAUUUGAGCAAUUUUCUCUGCCUCCCCCUCCCCAAAAUUUUUUUUAGGGAAAAAAUUGGCCCAUAUAUAUUGUGCACCAUAUUUUUCUUUCUUUUUGUUGUGCAUGGAAUGAGAGCAGCAGAGAAAAUAUCAAUGGAUUGUAUUGUUAAUUUGUAUAAUGUAAUGCCAAGAGGCAAUAUGUAAUGUUAAAUUUCUGUUGGGUUUAACCUGUACUUGAGGCAAGAUAAAAAUAUAUUCCUAGGCUAUUA